CCCUCCUCCUCCUCCUCCUCGGUCCCUCCUCCUCUGUCCCUCCUUCUCCCCCGUCUCCUCCCGCAGCUCCUGCGGGACCGGGCUAAACUGGGCUUGGACCAGAGCUGGACCUGGGGGUCGGGGGCCGGGCCGGGGGCCGGGCCGGGGGCCGGGCGGUUCCGGAAGAUGACCGAUGGCGCCGGCUUCCACAAGCAGGAGCUGAACAAGACGGUGUGGGAGGUGCCGGGCCGGUACCAGAACCUCAGCCCGGUGGGCUCGGGCGCAUACGGUUCCGUCUGCUCGGCAUAUGAUACCCAGACCCGGAAGAAGGUGGCGGUGAAGAAGCUCUCCCGGCCUUUCCAGUCCCUCGUCCACGCCAGGAGGACUUACCGCGAGCUGAGGCUGCUGAAACACAUGAAGCAUGAAAACGUCAUCGGCCUGCUGGACGUCUUCACCCCGGCCUCCUCCAUUGAUACCUUCAACGAAGUGUACCUGGUGACCAACCUGAUGGGGGCCGACCUGAACAACAUCGUCAAGUGCCAGAAGCUGACGGACGACCACAUCCAAUUCCUCGUCUAUCAGCUUCUCCGGGGCCUGAAGUACAUCCACUCGGCGGGGAUAAUCCACAGGGACCUGAAGCCCAGCAACCUGGCUGUGAACGAGGACUGUGAACUGCGGAUCCUGGACUUCGGCCUCGCCCGCCAGGCGGACGACGAGAUGACCGGCUACGUGGCCACGCGCUGGUACCGUGCCCCUGAGAUCAUGCUCAACUGGAUGCAUUACAACCAGACGGUGGACAUCUGGUCAGUUGGCUGUAUCAUGGCGGAGCUCCUGAAGGGCGAAGCCCUCUUCCCCGGCAAUGACUACAUCGACCAGCUCAAGAGGAUCAUGGAGGUGGUGGGGACGCCCAGCUCGGAGCUGCUGAAGAAGAUCUCGUCUGAACAUGCCAGGAAAUACAUCGAGUCUCUGCCACAUAUGCCAGAGCAGGAUCUGAAGCGGGUGUUUCGAGGGGCCAAUCCACUUGCUGUGGACCUCCUGGAGAAGAUGCUGGUGCUGGACAGCGAACGGAGGGUCAGCGCGGCCGAGGCUCUGGCUCACGCUUACUUCGCCCAGUACCACGACCCCGAGGAUGAGCCCGAGGCCGAGCCCUACGACGAGACCAUCGAGAACAAGGAGAGGACAGUGGAUGAGUGGAGAGAGCUCACGUAUGGGGAAGUGGUCAGCUUCAAGCCUCCAGACGUCAAACUGGACACCGUGGAGAUCGAGCCGUGAGCCCUGCUGCCCUGGCUGGAGGAGGAGUAGGAGGACAGCAAGGAGGAGGAGGAGGAGGAGAAGGAGGAGGAGGAGGAAGAGAAGGAGGGGGAGAAGAAGGAGGAGGAGGAGAAGAAGAAGAAAGACCUGGAGAAGGAGGACCAGGGCAAGGCCUUACUGGGAGAGCCUGAAUGUUCCCAAGUUCUGUCCCGGGGGGCCAGUGGUCAGGGGGAAGGCUCAAUGUAGGCCUGAAUUCCAAAAUCCCCCCACCCCGCUCCUGGGUGGCCCUGGGUGGAGCCUCCAGCCCCUCAGCCUCGAUUGGCGCUCGGGGCUCUGUGCAUACUCCGUCCCCAGGGCCGGGUCCCCAGCCCCCAGCCCCCAUACGAUGGACAAGGAGAAAAGAUGCUUUGUUGAGGCAGGGUGGGGUUGGGGGGUGAACCCUUUCCUGGACCUCCCUGCCCAGGAGGACGGUGGCUGCUGUCAUGAGGAGCGGGCGCUGGCCCGGAAGCCGCCGCCGAGAUCCUGGGCUGGGCCCCGUCAGACCACCCGUCCAUCUGUCCGUCUGUCGGCCCGUCAGGUUCCAUGUUUAGCCAGUGCCUUCGGGAUUUGGGGGGAGGGGGUGGUUUGCAAUGUCUUCUCGGGGCCAGGGGGCUGCAGCAAGGAGAAAGUCGACGUAGUCAAUCUUUGUCUUCUUGGGUUCCCAGGGCACGUGCGGGGGGUGGGGGGGAGGGUUGGGUCGGAUGUGUGGAUGUGCAGGCUGAGUGGCUGCUUACAUGCAUGUGCGGAGUUGUGCGAAGUGCCCGGGCCAGUGCGGACAGGAGCUUGACAUAGUGCUUGGCAAAUAGUAAGCGCUUAACAAAUACCACAGUGAUGAUGAUGUUGCAGCGGGCACUGGGGAGGCGCUGGCCUGGCCACCAAGGCCGGGAACCCAGAGGACACCGGCCUGCGUUGUUCCACAGAGCUGUUGCCAGGGCAGGCAACAGCAGCAGUCAGGCAUAGGACUGGAUCCUCUGGAUCCAGCCCACGCUGAACCCUGAAUGGCCUUGCCGGUGAGCUGAGUCUCCUGCCUCCCCCGGGAUCCAGUUACUGAAAGGACCCCAACUUGUCCUGCGGGAAGCCCGACUGUUCUCACCGCGGGUGUCGAGUGCCCUUUUCCCUGACUUGGUGUGCACCCAGAUUAGGGUCCUGAGGGUUGGGGUGCCCGCGGGUGAGGGUGGGAGGCCUAGGGAGUGGCACCGGACGGGAGGCGGUGGUCCCCCGUACCCUGACUGACCUGUUCUGAGCUCUCGGGCCUGGGGCAGGGAGGGGAGGGAUUGAAGAUGCCCGGGCAAAGAACGGUCCCGACUUCCUUGGGCACUGACAGAGGAGAGGGGCAGGGUCAGCUCUACCUGGUCCCCUGUGGGCACAUCUUUGAGCCAGGCACUUAGGAGAGGAGAACACAGUUGCUGCCAGAUGGAGAAUCAGUACACGCGCACACACCCACUAAUACCAAAACCAAAUGUCCAAACCAAAGACACAGUGAUCUCUGAUAGGAAAAGCCAGGGAGGGACAGACAGGACACAGGGCAACAUGGGGAUGAUUUCUGCUAAUCCACUGCCUGCUUGUCCUCCGGCUCAAGGGGUUAUUCUGGUCGUGGGAUCUCAGAUAGGUCAGGACGGAACAGGGCAAUCGGGAGGGUCAGGAGAUGGAGGAGCACCAGCGCAGGAGACGCUGACCCGGACAGGGUUCGGCUGCCUGACGAGGGACGGGACUGGAGGUCGUAGAACCAAGGAGGGAAUGGGCAGGGACGGUACGGAACUGCUGCUCCCCAAAUCCCACCCCACCAGGGCUAUGGACCUCGCUGGAGCCGGAGGGCAGCAGGUUCAAACCUCCCACGAGGAAAUGCUUCUUCCCCCCAGCUGGGGGUGAGAGCCUGGGAUCCGUUCCCACAGGGAGCCGUGCAGCCGGAAAUGCCGGCAGCUCCCGGGGGGAUUUGGAUGGAUCCAUGGGUGAGAGGUCCAGGCUGGGUUCCUGGGGGAGAGUCAGGGAUGGAGAGGGAAGAGUCACGGGUGCUGGAUGGUCCAGGAUGGGUCACUGGGGGACAGUCAGUGAUGGAGUCAGAGUCAGUCAGGGAAGUGGGAUGGUCCAUGCGGGGUCCCUGAGGGAGUCAGGGAUGGAGAAGGGAGAAUUAGGAAUGUUGGACGGCCCGUCUUUGACCAAGAGGGUGGACUGGAUGACCUGUGGAACUGACCAAGAAUGGCAUGGCUGAGGGCUCAUUUCCCUCCGCCGCUGGUUCUUAGUGCCCCUGCCCCUCCAGAGCAAGUUUCAGGCAGGAAGAUGGCUUGCCCCAUCAGCUUCCAGCCCUCUACCCUGCAUGGUGGGUAGCAGUAGCUUAUUGUUAAUCGAUCGAUUGAUCGAUUAAAGGGGCUCUAAUCCCAGUCCUGCCCCUGCCCUGCAAUGUGGCCCGGGUCAAGGCACCUAAUCUCUCUGUGGCUCGGUUUCCCCCACUGUAAAAUGGGGAUGAUUUCUGCUCUCUUCACCUCUUAGACUGUGAGCCCCAACAGGGACAGGGAAUGUAUCCCAUCUGUUUACAACCCCAGAGCACUGCACUUGACCUGUACUAAGCUCUGAAUAAACACCCAAACUGACCGGC